AAGCAUUAUGGAAGAUAACCGAUAUGCCUUUGAUAUAGUGCAUCAUCAUUCCCGUGAUGACUUAAAAGAAUAAAGGAGAAUAUAUAUUUGGAACAAGCUAGAGCGAUUCAGAAAGGGUCAUUAACACAUUCUGGGUCGUUUCAGCUUCAACGUCAACUUUGAUCAUCCACAAAGAGUGAUCUGGUUGGGAUAGAGCCACACCGUUCUUGAUAGGUCAUGGUUAGUAAGUUCAUUACCACGCCGUAAGGAAAGGUGUUAAUUUCUUUUUCCCGGAUAAAACGCAUUAAGAAAAAUGGUGCUUUUUGUAAUGGUUUUCUUUUUUACUGAACUUGAUGAAAAUCAAGAAUGUGGAUUUAAACCAGGCCGUCUCAUCACGACAUAAAUCAGAGAUAUGGCAGACAUGUCGAUCCGAGUUAGUUGCUAUCAUUACUACAACUUUUAAUAGUAUUCCUGGCUUGGCUUGUUGAUGAAAACUAGAAAAUGGAGAAGGUUCAACAAAUGGUAAAGGACGAAAGGAACAUGAAGAUUGAGAUUCCUGGCGAUGGCAGUUCCGCACCCGAAGGGGGCGCCGGUGGACUAACCCGUCAAACCAGCAUCACCAAGACAAACUGCCUUUGCUCACCAACCACUCACCCCGGUUCUUUUCGUUGUCGAAUGCACAGGUCUCUUUCGCUACAACGUACCAAGAGUAUUGAGGCUGCCGCUCUACAUGACCCUCCGGCUAAGCCAUCAGAUUUCCCUAGAGCCGCUAAGUAGAUUCAUGGAUGAACAUCAUUCCAUGGCAUUUCCCUUUGUUGUUGUAAUGUAAUCAAUGGGAGUACGUGGGGUACUUAAACUUAUGUAUAACUUUGUAUUUUAAGUUGCUUCGCUUUACGCCUCAA